CUUAAAUACGGGCGGAAUCGUGACCCAACCCACCUCUCUCUCUCUCUGUGCCAUUCGUCAUUUUAUCGCCGUCCCCCUUUCGAGCCCUCAAUUCCACGAUUCCGAGUGGAUUUCUGGCCGCUAGGGGGACCUUCGAAGCGCAUAGAUUGGGGAAGAUCGCCGCAAAGGAAUCGUGAAGGGGCCAUUCGAACAGAAAAAAACCAUGGAACACGAUGAGACUGGAUGCCAGGCCCCUGAAGGUCCAAUUCUCUGCAUCAACAACUGUGGUUUCUUCGGAAGUGCAGCUACCAUGAAUAUGUGUUCCAAGUGCCACAAGGAGAUGAUCUUGAAGCAGGAACAGGCCAAGUUGGCGGCUUCCUCCAUUGGCAAUAUUGUGAAUGGCAAUGGCAGUGGUGGCGGUAAAGAGCCAGUCAUUUCGGGGAAUGUGGACAUAGCUGCUUGUUCUGUAGAGACAAAAGCCGUUUUGGCACAACCAUCCGAUGCUCCGGUCUCUGGCGAGGGUGGGGAAGCAAAGGUGAAGGAGGGUCCAAAUAGAUGCAACACUUGUAGGAAACGGGUGGGUCUGACGGGCUUUAAUUGUCGUUGUGGGAACCUUUUCUGUGCUACGCACCGCUAUUCCGACAAGCAUAACUGCCCGUUUGACUACCGAACAGCUGCUAGGGAUGCCAUUGCUAAAGCAAACCCUGUAGUUAAGGCUGAAAAGGUUGACAAGAUUUAGAGAGCCAGGAGAGAAGGUCGAUGAACUCUAAAGUGAUGCUUCUCUUUAUUAUCCAUGCCUUAUCUUUUGAUGAUGGUUGCUUGUCAGUGCCUAUACAUGGCUGGAUGCAUGAUUCUUGGGGCAUCCUUGAGGUGUCAGCCUCGAGUACUUUCUCUUGUUGAUCUGAAAAGAUGUAAGAUUUUAAUUGUGCUGGUGUAAUGGACAUGUGGCUUAUGAUCUGGCUAGCAUUGUAACCUCCUAUCAUAGUUCUCAUGUUACAUUAUAUGAAUAGCAGUAAUCAGCAGUUGUGCAUGAAAUAGAGGGUGGAAGUUCCCAUCUUUACUCCA